UACUGGGACGAAGAGCUGCAGGAGCUGGCGCAGGCCUGGGCCGACCAGUGCGAGUGGGGACAUGACCCCUGCCGGAGGACUGCGCGCUGGUCCGCCAAGGGCCAGAACCUGGGCCUCACCUUCAGCCUGGACUGGACCUUCCCCGCCAGCACCAACCGCGUCGAGGACUGGUUCCAGGAGCUCAAGCUGUACAACUACACCAAGGGGCCCUUCACGUUCGCGCCCGCCACGUCCCACUUCACGCAGCUAGCGUGGUCCGACACGUACCUCGUCGGCUGCGGCCGGACGCGCUACAUGUCCGAGCAUGGCCUGCCCUCCGAGUACCUCGUGUGCAACUACGGGCCCGGCGGCAACGUCUUCGGCAACGCGCUGUACCGCGAGGGCCCGCCCUGCUCGCGCUGCCCGCUCAGCUGCUCCGACCGCUACCCGGGACUUUGCGCGCGCUCCGAGGACAGCAACGAACUCGGCAGCGGCCUCGUCAGCACGGUCGCCUCGCUGCCCCCGCUGCGGCUGGACGAGCCGUCCAACACGCCCUUCCUGGAGGCGGAGCUGACGGCGCUCGCCGAGCGCGCGGGCGCGGCCGAGGCGGCGGCGGUCUGCCCGCGGCCCUCCACACCGGGCCCCAACUGCGUCGGCUACCGGGCCGCGCCCCUCAGCCAGGACGAGAAGACGGUGAUCCUGCACCGGCACAACUUCUACCGGUCGCAGGUGGCGUCCGGCGUGGUCGCCGGGCUGCCGGCCGCGUCCCGCAUGCUGCAGAUGGUGUGGGACGACGAGGUCGCCUCCCUCGCUCAGCGCUGGGCAGACCAGUGCUCGUUCGGCUACGACGAGUGCGCCAAGACAGAUGACUUCCAACUCGGCCAGAGCAUGGCGAUCUGGUACAGCCAGGACCCCAAGCUGUUCCCGGGCCCGGAGGGCCGUGUGGAGGGCUGGUUCAACGAGCGCGCGCAGGCCAACCUCACCGCGCUCCUCGAGGACUUCAAGUAGGUGCACGACGACCACGCGACCGCGACCACCUCCUCUUGACCCGGUGGCAGUUCGCCCGCGGUCCCCCAAGGCGUCGCGCCCGCGUCACAGGGCCCUGAAACUAAGUUAUUGGGAG